AUGGCCCUAACUAGCGUGAACAACCACACAGCCACGCAAGGGUCGAUGGGCGGGCCUGGAUUUUCUUUGUCUACAAUAGACGAAGACAUCGUGGAAGCUACAGACGUGGGCACCCCCGGGCGCAAAAGAAAAUUAUCCGGCCCAAUACCAACACCAAGUAAAAACGCCGCUACCCGCCAGAAGAUCACCCGGGCUUGUGACUCGUGCAAAGUCAAAAAGACAAGAUGUACGGGCACGCUGCCGUGCACGAGGUGUACACGCCUUACGCUUCCCUGUGAGUACAAUGCUGCUUACUCGAGGGGCUUGCCUCCAGCUCCCUUGCCGGGGGGUUCGCCGUCCUCCAUUGGGGGCCAGGUGAAGAAGCGCCGUGUCUCGGAUGCCGGCCGUGUGUCUAGCAGUUCCCGCUCAAGGGGGAGUACGGGGAACCCGCAUCCGCAUCCGAACACUGAUCUGGACUUGAAUAUGGAUCUAAACCAGCCGGCUGGAGGUGCGGGUGCGAUAAGUGGUGGUACUAAUUACCGGGGUGCUACUGCGGGAUUGCGCCACGGCCAUACAGCGGUGGUAUCUUUACGAAACUCGCCUGAGCCGGGCUCGACAGACUUUGAGGGCAAUUAUCUUGGCCCUGCAUCUGGGAUCUCGUUUAUUAAUCGGGUCUGGAGUCGCUUGCAUCAUGAUGAACAUACGCGUAUCCCAGAUGAGCUGCAAAAUGAGUCCUCUAAGAAUACGGCCGUGUUUAUGUUCGGGGAUAAGCCGUAUACCUAUCCCGAGAACUCGGACUUUGCUUUACCGCCCAUUCAAACGGUUAUGGAGAUGGUAGCCAUCUACUUUGACUUCUCCAUGGUUACUUAUCGUUUUUUACAUCGGUCGAAUGUAGAGGGCUGGGUCAAACGGAUUUAUGAGAACAAUAUCUCUAUAUCCAAUCUCCCUGUUGGGAAUAUGGUCGCUCGGACAGCGAUUGUGCUAAUGAUCUGUGCUGUAAGCACACUCCAUCAGGAUCCUGAAUCGGAGGCGGUGGCAGAUGCGCAUAGUAAAAGUGAGCAUUGGUUUACUGCGUCUAAAUAUUUGUCUUCUUUGGAAUCGGGCCCUCCGCGACUAGAGACUAUCCAGGUACGACUUAUCCAAUGUCUCUAUCUUCUCUCAUCCUCGCGGGCCAAUGAGUGCUGGUACUUGUUUGGAACUGCAUUGCAGGUUGUGACAGCUCUUGGAUUACAUCGAAAGUGGCCACCCAAAAUGCCCAAAAAGAGCUGCUCGUCCCUCGAGUUGGAGCUUCGAAAACGCAUAUUCUGGAGUGUAUACACUCUGGACAAAUAUCUCAGUAUUAUGUUUGGGAGACCUCGCCUGCUUCAUGAUGAAGAUAUUGACCAGGAGUUACCGGAUGAGAUUAAUGACGAGGACCUGCUGGAAGAAGAUCCGAUGCGGCGAACAGGCGCUACAGAUAGUAUGAUGAUUGCAUCUGUCCUCCAUUACCGACUCGGCCGUAUUUUGGGAGAAAUCUCCCGUCAGCUUUAUAGCAUCAACCCCCUUUCCCGCGACUCCCCACUUGAUACAGCCGUCCGGCUCACAUCCGAACUGGAAAGAUGGAAAGAAAGCGUUCCGCCUCUCUUUAACAGCGUCCAGCCUACCAGUCUAAUCCCACCACUCUGCCGCCAAAGCCAAGUCCUCCAACUAGCCUACUCCCACGCCAUGAUCCACGUCACCCGCUCAUUUCUCCUAAGCGACUUCACCGACCUGAGCCGCAGACCCCGAGACGCCCACUCAAUGGUCAGCACAUACGUCCAGAAAUGUAUCCAAGCCGCCGAAAACACCAUGACGCUUAUAGACAGCCUCGCACAACGAAGCGGCUUUAUACAGUCCCUCUGGUUUACCCACUAUGUAGGCUUCUGCGCCAUCCUAGUCGUCUACAUCUACAUCAUUCAGCAGCACCGUCAAUCCACGUCCCCAAGUCCCUCUGUUGGAAGUCCCGCAGACAUUAACCAGAUGCAGUACCUGUUGGCCUUGGCGGAGAACUGCCAACAGCAUCUCGCGAAGGCAACGCGAAAGAACUGUCCCAGUCGCCGGUAUAGUAUUAUCCUUGAGGAGCUAAGGCGGGAGGUCCAUCGACAAAUGGGCUCCGACGAUCAGUCAGGCAGUCUUGUUCCGACACCGACGCCCGGUGUAUCAAACCCACUUCCUCACGCGCAGGCUCUAAGCUCGAGCGCUACGACUGGAGUUGAUAAUCGUGACCCUGUGCAAUUUGAUGCGAGGAGUCUUGACUUUGCGAGUAUGCCGGCCAUGCUGCAGCCUCCUGGGCUUGGUAGCAAUUCGGUCGAGGAUGCCGGGCUCCUUGAGAAUCUUGAGGGGUCUGUUUGGUGGGCCCAGCUGGAUUCGUGGGCUCUGUCGAAUUUCCCAAGUGACCCAUCAGGAUUCAAUUUUUAG